UUUAGCGUGUUGCCUCUAAUUAAUAAAACAAAAGACAGUGGAUGCCAACCAGCCUGCUUUUAUCAAUGUUUUAGGAAACUGUCAGUCGGAUUUAUCUAGAUAAUCUGGAUUCCUAAUGUAAAGUGACCACAGCAAGACAGGAAAUAAAUAGUUUGUGCUGUCUUUUCGCGGCGGCUCUGCAGCUUGCAACUUUCUUCUGAAGCUACGCAACUGUAGCGGUGCUUCCUUUGUUAUUUGCUCAGGUCUGUGAUAUUAGGAUAGCUUCAUGUACGAUGGAUGUUUAUAAUUUUAAAGAUCUCUUUCUAGUCAGAAGAAUGUUUGAUAGUAGCUUAUUUGUCGUUUCUACAAACAAUGCGACCAACGCCAAGCCCCAUGGAUGUAAUAACGGGGCCCUCCUGGACAGAUUCGGGGUUCUUAUCCAGGGUCUGCUAGCAAUUGUUGCCUUCAGCACUUUGAUGUUAAAAAGGUUCAGAGAACCCAAAGGGGAGAGACGGCCAUGGAGAAUUUGGCUUUACGACACUUCUAAGCAGGCUAUUGGUGCCCUUUUUAUCCACUUUGCAAAUGUGUUCCUAUCAAACCUCACAGAGGAAGACCCGUGUUCACUAUACUUGAUGAACUUCCUGCUGGAUGCUACUCUGGGGAUGCUGCUGAUCUGGGCUGGAGUGAAAGCUAUUUCCUGUGUCGUGGAGUGUAAGCAGGUAACACUGUUAACCUUUGGAGAAUAUGGUGACCCUCCCCAGGCAGCUGCAUGGAUUGGACAGUGUGCUCUGUACAUGCUUAUCAUGGUCUUUGAGAAAACUGUGAUAAGUCUUGUUCUUCUUUUUCCUGGUUGGACCAAACUUCAAGAAGUUUUGCUGGAUUCCAUUCCAAAUCCACAGCUGGAGCUGGUGCUGGUGAUGCUGAUUGUGCCUUUCAUAGUCAAUGCAAUUAUGUUUUGGGUUGUGGACAGCUUGCUGAUGCGAAAAUAUAAAAACAAGAUUACCCCAGAGAGUCCAGAAAGCAGUAAAUCUGUAGAGGUUUCAGCAAGGCUAGACGAUGAAGAGUCACAGGUGCUGUUGGCUGCUGGUAAUGACACUGACCCAUCAGAGAGUGAACACGAUGGAGACUUCAUACAAGAUCCCUGCAAGAUCAAGAUAAUGGACUCUUCUUACUGUCAACAAGUGUAGAUGCAAUUCCCUCAGGCAAGGAGAGAACAGCCUUUUUAAUGCCGUUUCAGCACUCCAUCAGAACUAAUGUCCCUCUUCAUGCCCUGAUAUUAUACAUAGUGUGAUUGAUAGCUAGCUGAAGUGUACAUUUUUGCAGUUGACUGUGAAGAACAUACAAUAUUAAACAUGGGUCUUCCAUAUUCUGAGAAACAACUAUGUAUGUAAAACUUUAGUCUAUUUUACAUAUCUUUCUUUGAAUUUCUGUUAUAUACUGUGAAUUCAGUCUAGACAGGUGACUUAUUUUUUAGGUGCAGACCAUGAACCUUUUCUACUGUGACUUGAACCUGAAAACUUUGCACCACUGACCAAGCAUUAUUGUAUUACCGAUUUCAGUGCCAUUUAAGGACCAAAACCAUAUCAAAUAAAUUGUAAAAUACAUGCCUAAAUGCACAGUAUAGUCUCUCUGGUGGUUUUAUGUAGGUGGACAGUACAAUUUUCAUUGGUGUACUCUGCCAUAGAGAUCUGAAGUUAGCUCCAAGUCUGCCAAUUGUUUAAGUAAUAACAGGUUGAAAUGGGAGUCUUUACCUGAAUGUUAGCAAACAAAAAGAAUACUGUAUGUGUUUCAGCUAAUGAAGGCUAAAGCAGUGUGCAGAACACUUCUCAAAUGAUUUUGAACAUUCUUGUUCAUUUUAUAUUAAAUUACUUUAUUUUGUUGCAAUAAAAAAAAAAAUUAACCUUCUCAUAAACUGAAAACAUCUGGUUUACAUUUUGAGUUUUGGAAGUAUUGAGUACAUCAAGAAAUAAAUGAAAUUUACCUCCCUUACUGUAAAGCACAAUUAUUUGAGUUUAUCAGAGAGACACCACAACGAACAGACAAUCUAUUCUAAAUAGAUUGGAGCACAGUAUUGCAGUGUUAAUGUUAUCUAUAGUAACCACAAUCAAAGUACGUUUUUGUGAACACAUUUGUAUAUUUUUACAUUGCUGUUAUUGGAAAUAUUAAGGAAAAUACAUUUCAAAAUUCACUGUUUAUUUUGAUUUUAAAAAGAUAAGUUAUGUAAAGUGUCUGAUUAUUAUUAUUUUUUGUUAUUCCUUAAGUGUCGGUUCUUUAUGAUGGAUUACAUUGAAACUGAUAAUAAAAGUCAGCAUUGUUUGUUUGUUGUUUUGACUGCAUUCUAGUAAUUGAGCGUGUCCCAUGUGAUUGUGCAUGAUUCAAUUGCCCGUGUUUCUGUGACCACACCAAUAUGGCUGACAGCAGUCCUGCUAGCGGAGGGGUGCACAGUUCCGGUCCUCUAGGUCCGGAGGACUCCUGAACUUUGUUCCACAUAUACAUGAAGUUAAUUAACUUUUCAGGUCUUCAUCUGUUAAUUGUUUAAUGGUACCUGAAAUAAACCUGUUCACCCCUGUUCUGCAAUUGUAAAACAGCUGAAUGGCUUUGUGCAAACUUUACCAACUGUAUUACCAAUCAUAUACAGGUGUUUUUUGAGAGAGAUUUAAUAGAUUAAAAUCAUGUUACAA